ACCUGUCAGCGAGUUCGCACACGUCUCUUGACUUUAACAUUUUUCAAAAAAAUACACACAAUUAAAUCUCUGGUUUUCGAGAUUUGGAAAGCAAUCAGCAUUCAUCCGAACAGCCCUCACUGAUGGCAGCGACCAAACUCCGGCUGAUUGUGGCAGCUCUGCUAGUCAUCGCAGCUGCGGCGGCGGACGCUUACACCAACCAUACGGUAGGCGGCGACGCCGGCUGGUUCUUCGACUCCACCACCAAUAAGACUUCCGCUGACUACAGUGCUUGGGCUGCUAAUGCGACAUUCAAUCUCGGAGACUAUCUCAUUUUCAACACAAACACAAACCAAACUGUGAUCCAAACCUACAACAGGACGACGUACAGUAGCUGCAUCAUCGAUGAUGCUUUAGACAGCGAUACGUUUCAGUAUGAUGGUGGCAGAAACGAGUUUGGAAGCGCCAUGACCAUAAGCGUGGCACUGACCAUCGAGGGGACUCAAUACUACUUCUCGGAUGCUAAUGAUGGGGAGCAAUGCCAACAAGGGAUGGCCUUCGAGAUCAAGGUGGAACACGGGCUGGGGCUCCCACCAAGCCUCAACCAACCUCCUCCUCCGGCCUAUGUUCCGCCACCCGGCCCAGCGAACGACGAGGGGCAGUCUCCACCUGCUGCGAUUGCGAGCACUCCUCCUUCCUCCAAUCAUGCCAUCAUACUGGUGCUAGCUUCUCUGUUUCUCUGCUUCUUGGUUUGAUCUCCUUGCUGGGAUGCUGAUGGUAUAGAGAUUCAAGAUUAUUUUCUUAUUUUAGGGUCUCUUAAUGAAUCUUGUUUUUGUUUUUUGAAUACACACAGCAUAAGAGAGGAAUACCAUCAACUUAUUUUGUGUUUUCCUAUAUUUUUCCCAUUGCUUUUUUAUUUUCUUUUCCUUGAGAUCUAAAACAUUGUAACUAUUUGAAAAUUUGUGUUUGGUGCCUCAUUGAUGGAGAAUGAUGUAGCUAGACGUGAAUAAAAUAAUGUUCUUAUACAA